GUUUCUGCGGCGGCCGACGAGGUAGUGGGGGAAGUAGGUGUCUUCUGCUGUCUCCUGGUCGCGCCGCUUCGGGGCGGGAAGCGCCUUACCCACAGUGCUGUGAAGUCCGGGAUCUCACACGUGACACGGAGGAGAAGCUCAGCAAGGAUUUGUUGAAUCUGGACUGCUGCCACCCUCAACUCUGUCUAAUCUCACACUCAAGACAUCAAUGCAAGCCUGAAUAAGAAAAACAAUUUCUUCCUCCUAAGCCAUGGCAUAUCAGUUAUACAGAAAUACCACUUUGGGAAACAGUCUUCAGGAGAGUCUCGAUGAGCUCAUACAGUCUCAACAGAUCACCCCCCAACUUGCCCUUCAGGUUCUACUUCAGUUUGAUAAGGCUAUAAAUUCAGCACUGGCUCAGAGGGUCAGGAACAGAGUCAAUUUCAGGGGCUCUCUAAAUACAUACAGAUUCUGCGAUAAUGUGUGGACUUUUGUAUUGAAUGAUGUUGAAUUCAGAGAGGUGACAGAACUCAUUAAAGUGGAUAAAGUGAAAAUUGUAGCCUGUGAUGGUAAAAAUACUGGCUCCAAUACUACAGAAUGAAUGGGAAAAAAAAAAAAAAUGGCUUCUUUAUGCCAUCUUCUGUUAUUCGGCGCUUUUUGAAGAGAAGCAUAGAAGAGACUUUUUUUUAUUUAUUCUAGCAUUGCAGAAAUGACUACACUGUGCUAUACUAUCAGAGAAUUCAGUAGAAAAAAGCUUAUAACUCUGUAGCCUCUCACAUUACCUUUACUAUACAGCAUGAAGAAACAACUUUUUUUUAAUGACAAAUCAAACAAAUAUUGUUGCCUUCCUAAGAACAUUCUUUAAUAAACUCAUUUUAAAACUCA